AUGGAAUGUGUGGUGGGCGACUCGGCUUCUACAAACUUCAUCAAGUCAGGAAAUUCCACGCGGUUCGCGGACUGGAGAUUCAUCCAUAGGGCACGGCUGAACUUGGUGCCGUUGAACGGCUCCUCGACAUGGAGGACCAGUGACCGUAGGUGUCGGCAAUGUAGGUACAUAAAAGAAAGCCUAUUUUACGUCGUCAAACAUUGCAUACUAUACACCGCGCUCUACUUGGCGAGGCACAACACCAUCGUUGCCGGGACGCGGUACCAGGUUAUCAGCGAGAAUCCGGUGGUCGGAUCACAGAGACCGCAUGCACCCGGAUCUGGUGAUCAAGAAGAAGAAUGCGGUGUCCAUUGUGUCGACGUCACGAUCCCGUUCAACAAUUAG